UAUGAACCCCACUCGAUGCACACCGGAGCCUGGAACCGCCCGACCGGACUGGAUCCAAUGACGAAAUAGCUCGCCCCUCUAGCUAUGAAUGAGGUCAUGAAUGUAUUUGUUCAUGCCAGGCUAUAUAUAUACCGUUGUCUAUUCAUGUCAUCCCGUCAAGGCUGGAAUUGGAUUCAAAUCACACGAGUAAUUGCAAUCCCCUUACCAUCACAUCACAACUUCAACACAGCGCAUACAACAAAAUGUCCUCCGGCGUAUCCUUUAAAAUAAGCAACGGCGUCACGAUCCCCGGCGUCGGUUUCGGUACCUUCGCCAAUGAAGGCUCCAAAGGCGAGACGUACAAGGCUGUCCGUCACGCCCUGAAAGUCGGCUACCGCCACCUCGAAUGCGCCUGGUUCUAUGCCAAUGAGGAUGAAGUAGGACAGGCGAUUCAAGAUUUCCUGAAAGAGAACCCGUCGGUUAAGCGGGAGGAUCUGUUCGUGACGACAAAGGUGUGGAACCAUCUGCAUCGGUAUGAUGAUGUUUUGUGGUCGUUGGAAGAUUCAUUGAAGAACUUGCAAUUGAGCUAUGUGGAUUUGUUUUUGGUGCAUUGGCCCAUUGCCGCUGAGAAGGAUGAGAAUCAUCAGCCGAAGCUUGGUCCAGAUGGAAAGUACAUCAUUCUUGAAGAAUUGACAAAGAACCCCGAAGAAACCUGGCGAGCAAUGGAAAAGAUCUACGAAUCCGGUAAAGCUCGCGCGAUCGGCGUGUCCAACUGGCGUAUCGAAGGCCUUGAAUAUCUCAACAAGAUUGCCAAGGUCAAGCCUCAAGUCAACCAGAUCGAGGUUCACCCCUUCCUUCCUAACACCGAGCUCGUCAACUACUGCCAGAAGAACGGCAUCAUCGUCGAGGCUUACUCGCCCCUUGGAUCCCAGAAUCAGGUCCCCACUACGGGCGAGAAGGUGUCUGAGAACCCGACGUUGAAUGCAAUUGCCAAGCAGAAGGGUUGUACUUUGGCGCAGAUUUUGAUCGCCUGGGGUUUGAAGAGAGGCUAUGUAGUUCUGCCGAAGAGUUCUAAUCCUGCGAGAAUUGAGUCGAACUUUCAAUCGGUUGAGUUGUCGGAGGAGGAGUUCAAGGCUAUUAAUGAUGUUGCGAAGGGAAGGCAUUUCCGGUUUGUUAACAUGAAGGAUACGUUUGGCUACGAUAAUUGGCCAGAGGAGGCGUGAAGAAUGGUUUCAAUAAAAGUAUUAUAGUUUUUAGACACUUAGCAACGAACUGUGAUGAUCAUUUGACUUA